UCCUAAAAGAUAUAUCAUUCCUUUCCUUCUGAUUUCUAAAACCAGCCAGAGCAGAGCAAAUAUGGAGCGGGUAUUACUCUUACUCAUUUGCUUCCUCUUGCUUUCUCAACCUAAUAAUUGUUCCUCUUCUCUCUCUUUUAAUUCAUCAACGCCUCGUUGCCAUUCACACCAGUCCUCUGCUUUGCUCCAUUUCAGAAACUCUUUUUCUGUUGGCGAUUCGAAUGGUUUUUGUGAUAAAUAUUCUUAUCCUCCGAAGAAUUCGUGGAAAAUGGGUACAGAUUGUUGUGGGUGGGAUGGGGUCACCUGUGAUACGAUGACAGGUCAUGUCAUUGGUCUCGACCUCACUUGCAGUCGCCUUGAAGGUCCCAUCCAUCCCAAUUCCACCCUUUUCUCUCUUCGCCAUCUCCAGCGGCUCAACCUCGCUUACAACGAGUUCUAUCCCUUUGCAAUUUCAUCUAAGUUUGGUGGCUUUGCGAACAUGACGCAUCUCAACCUCAGUUGGUCCUCCUUUGCUGGUAAUGUCCCUUCCGAAACCUCCCACUUAUCCAAACUGGUUUCACUUGAUCUCUCUUCGAAUCAUGAUUUCUCUUGGAAUUAUGGCUUGAGAAUAGAAACGCCUAGUUUGAAAAGGCUUGUUCAAAACCUAACCCAUCUAACUGAACUUGUUUUGGAUACUGUUAACAUGUCUUCAGUUUCACCUAAUUCUUUCAUGAAUUUGUCUUCCUCUUUAACAUCUCUUAGUCUUUUUGAUUGUGGAUUGAAAGGGAGAUUCCCAGAUAAUAUAUUCCACCUCCCAAACCUCCAGCUGCUCCAUCUAAGUUUCAACUACAAUCUCACCGGUUCCCUUCCAACAUAUAACUGGAGUAGUCCUCUCAAGUCCUUGCUUCUCUCUAGUACCGAAUUCUCAAUCGACUUACCUAAUUCAAUCAGCAAUCUCAAGUCCUUAAAAGAAUUGUACCUCAGCAGAUGCAAUUUCAUAGAUUCAUCGAAUCCAACAUUUCUUUCAAACCUCACACAAAUAAAUUCUUUGGACCUCUCAUAUAAUAACUUUGGUGGUCAGUUUCCAUGGUCCCUCCUAAACUUUGAAGUUCUUACUGUCUUAGAUCUCUCAUACAACAAUUUCAUAGGCCAAGUUCCAGAUUUUUCAACGAACUGGACACAAGUUUCUUCUUCAAACAGUUCUUCCAAUAGUCAGUCAACUAUUCAAAUUCCUUCCAAAUUGGUAUAUCUCGUUUUAUCUGAUAACUUAUUGAACGGCACUAUACCAUCUUGGUUGUAUGACAUACCAUCUUUGCAGUACUUAUUUCUAGACAAUAACCAACUGACUGGGCAUAUUGGUGAUUUCCAGCAUAACUCAUUAGUUGAUCUUUUGUUGAAUAAUAACAACCUAAGUGGUCCCCUUCCAUUGUCAAUCUCUAAAUUGGUGAGCCUUCGUGUACUAUAUGUUUCCUUCAAUAAUUUAAGUGGCAAUGUGGAGUCAAAAAUAUUCUUUAGGCUCAAAAAUCUUGAAUAUCUUGAAAUGUCAAAUAAUCCUCUCUUGUCACUAAGCUCCUUCACCUUUGCCACCAAUAUCUUGCCCAACAUUAACUAUUUACGAUUGUCUUCUUCCAACAUAACUGAAUUUCCACACUUUUUACAAACUGCAAAAUAUAUAGGACUCUUAGACCUUUCCAAAAACCAAAUCAAAGGCAAUAUUCCGAAGUGGUUUUUGGAGGGGGGGAAGGAUUCAUUGUAUUUCUUUUCAGUCUCAAGGAAUAAUUUAACUGGAGAGAUCCCUCUCUUGAUUUGCAAUCUCAGUUCCCUCCAAUACCUUGAUUUGUCUUAUAAUCACUUGAGUAACAUGAUUCCUCCAUGUUUGGGAAACUUAAGUAAUCAUCUCAUAGAUUUGGAUUUGAAAAGUAAUAAUCUUCAUGGUACUAUCCCUUCAACAUUUGCAAAGGGUUGUUACUUGAGAAGUCUUAAACUCAAUGGCAACCAAUUGGAAGGUUCAUUGCCACAAUCAUUGGUCCAUUGUAGAGAGUUGGAAGUUCUAGAUUUUGGUAACAACAAGAUUAAUGGAACCUUUCCUCUUUGGUUGGAAAAUCUUCCAAGCUUGCGGGUUCUUAUCUUGCGGUCAAACAACUUUCAUGGUGCUAUAGGCAAUCCCAAGUACAAAUUCCCAUUCCCUAAUUUGCGAAUCAUUGACCUCUCUCACAAUGAGUUCCAUGGGCAUUUGCCGACAAACCUUUUCAAAUAUUUAAAAGCCAUGAUGAAUGCAAGUGUGAACAAAGGUGAAUUGAAAUAUAUGGGUGAUAAUUAUUAUCAAGAUUCUGUGAUAGUGGAGAUGAAAGGGUUUUCAAUUGAAUUGGUAAAAAUCCAAAGUCUAUUCACAACCAUUGAUUUCUCCAACAAUAAUUUCAAAGGAGAAAUUUCAGAGUCAAUUGGAGAGCUUCAAUCACUUAAGGGGCUUAAUUUUUCACACAAUAAUCUUACAGGUUGUAUGCCCCCAUCGUUGGGAAAAUUAACCAAUCUCGAAUGGUUAGAUCUCUCCUCAAACAAGCUCAUAGGUGAAAUUCCUAUACAAUUGACAGAUCUCACGUCACUGGAAGUUUUAAACCUAUCAGAAAACUAUCUUUCUGGACAGAUACCUCAAGGUAAACAGUUCAAUACCUUUAUGAAUGAUUCUUACAAUGGGAACCAGGGGUUAUGUGGAUUUCCAAUGACAAAAGCUUGUGGCAAUGAUGAGGGACAACAACCACCACCAUCAUCAACGAUUCAGGAAGAUGAUUUCAAAUUUGAAAAUGGGUUUCAUUGGAAAGUUGUAUUGUUGGGUUACGGUGUUGGAUUCAUGUUCGGAUUAGGUUUGGGUUAUCUUGUGUUCUCAAGUGGAAAGCCAAUAUGGCUAGUGAAUAUUUUUUAUGGAGAACAAGGUAAUAAUGUACAAAGAUCCAAGAAGAAUGCUCGUGGACGAACUCAUUGAAGAAGAAUUUGGUGGAUGCAAAUACUGAUUCCAGGCUGGUGGCCCUUUCUAUCCAAUGUUAAUAGGAUUGAGGGACAACAUUCAUUCAUAUUUAACGAAGCACUGGCCGACAUUCCACGACCAAAUGAUAACAUAACACUGACACUUCACCUUUUUGCCUUUAGAGGUAUUGAUGAAAGAUAAACAGUUAGUCUUCUAGUUUCUUAAUCAUUUGAAGAUGCACGUGACAUUGGGAAGGUUUGCUAUGAAUUCAUACAGAAAUGCCUCCCUUACCUUAAGGGGACAGGGCAGCCAAACCCAACUAUAGCUCCUGGUUUUCUCAUUGAGACGAAAAUGAGUGAGUUUGCAAUGGGGAUGUCAUAUUUGCAGGAAUUGUCAUCUUUGAUAUCAUUUAGGGUAGGUUUUGACACUCACGACUGUCAAAGCUUGUGAAAGGGGAAAGGACUCCUUUUUGCUGAUCAGAAAUUGAUAGCUAAUGAGAAGACUGCGAGAUUGGCAAGGGUUUAUGCGCCAAAUGAUGGAUCAAUCUUUCGAAUGGACUUUGCUUGGGCAAUGAUGAUGAUGUCAGGUCUUAAUGUUCUAGUUGGAUCUCAAGAUCAGGUCCGAAGAAACUGCUCCUUGGCUUUGGUCAGUUCCUAAGUGACAGUCUGACCAUAAUGAACUCUUGAGAUCUUUUUUCUUUCAUGAACCCAUAAUGGGUGUGAGAGCGAAUCUCAGAAUCAGAGUGAAAACAGUGCACUUUGGAGACCCAAUUCAGAGCUUGUUGAUGGGUUUUUCCUCUCCAGAAAGUUAAAACAAAUUUAAGAGAAAGCAUCUCAAAAAUACUGCUAGAAAAGCUCGGUUUGACUUGCCUGCACAAACCAUAACCCCUGAGAUUGAGAAAGAUUUGUGUUUACUGAAGUUGAGAAGUGCCAUUGACCUGAAAAGGCACUACAAGAAGGGUGAUACAAAAUCCAAAACAUUGCUCAAGUUUUUCCUGGCAAGUCUAUUUGUAAUUUCUAGACUGAUAGUAUAAUAUGUGAUAUCUUGGAGCUCUAACUAGGACUAUGUGUAUAUUCUCCUUUGGGUGGUAUACAUUUUGUUAUUUAGGCUUGGCUAAUUCAUACCCCAUUUUUUCUUUUGACAAUUAGAUCGGGGAUGGUGAUAGUGUCAACAUCAUACUUCUUCACAGUUAGACUAACGAGGAAAGAGAGAAAGGGAACAAUUGCAGCUGAGUUGUUAUCUAAUCGUACCGUUGCUGACUAUAGUUAGAAGAAAAAAAAAAGGUUCAAUCCCAAUGUGUCCCAUAUGGGUUCAUUUCUUCUACAUAUGUGAAGAAAUUGAAGAAAAACAGGGAUUGCAGUGGCAGAGGAAUGCUUCUUAAAGUACUGAAACAGCUACAUACAGUUGGGUUUUAGCUGAUGCUUCUUGCAUCUUCUGCUUCUCGUUCUUCGACUUAUUCUUUUUCAUCCGUGAACUUGCCUGAAAUUCUAUCAUUUUUUUUCCAUUUGGAGGUAGGAAUUGAGAGAGAACAAGAAUGACCGUGAACAAAGAAGUAGAAAAUGGGAAACUAAAUGAACUAGAUUAACCGGGCCAAACCCAGUGUAAUACCUUAAAAUUAGUUAAUGACAUCAAAUUAACUAUUUUCCAUAUGUAAUUGCAACCUAGAGUUUCUAUUUUUAUUUUUAAAUGGAAUAGAAUUUCAACUCUAUUGUAAUCUUUCUCAUCAUCACGCUAAGAUACCAAAAAUGGAAGAGAUGUGGAUCUUUCC